AUGUCUCACGAGAACUCUUUUAAAGUCGUGAUUGCUGGCGCAAGCGUGGCUGGGCUGAGCCUGGCCAACAUGCUCCAAGCCAAUGACAUCGACUAUGUUGUCCUUGAAGCUCAUCAAACAAUCGCGCCUCAGGUCGGAGCUUCAAUAGGUCUAUUACCACAUGGCAAUCGCAUCUUGGACCAACUCGGGCUCUAUGACAAGGUCAUGGAAAUUGCUCCCCCCAUACAGACCUUCAAUUUCAGAGACGCAGCUGGCUCAGUUCUUGCUCAGCAUCAAGAUAUGGACCAUCGACUUAUCGAAAGGCAUGGAUAUCCAAUGGUCUUUCUUGACAGACAAAUGCUGCUGCAGAUUCUCUACGAUAAUAUUAGGGAUAAGUCAAAGAUCUUAACAAACAAACGGGUUGUCAUGGCUAAAAUGACGCACGGCGGUGUUCAAGUCACAACAGCUGAUGGGACAACUGUACCGGGCGACGUCCUUGUUGGCGCCGACGGCGUGCAUAGUACUAUCCGUCAAGAGAUGUGGAAGCUAGCAGCAGACUUGUCACCAGAACACUUCGAUCCCAGUGAGCAUGAAGAAAAAGCACCCCCUUGUGAUAACAGUUGCAUCUUCGGCAUCUCUAAUCCGUGUGCUGGUAUUGGCCCGGGUGACUUGCACUGCGUUUUCAGAAACAGCAGCUCUUAUCUUGUCACAGGAGGCCCUGAGGGGCGAGUCUACUGGUUUCGUUUCCAAAGGCUGCCCAAAACAUUUCGAGGUUCAGAUAUUCCACGCUACACCGACGCAGAUCUUGAAAAAGUCCUGGCCGAAUCGGCGGAUGAUAACAUCUUGCCUGAUUUGAAGUUCUCAACCCUUGUAGAGAACAAGGUUAGUGCAGUUAUGACACCACUUGUGGAAUACGUCUACAAACAGUGGCAUUUUGGAAGGAUCAUCACACUAGGCGAUUCAGCUCACAAGUUCCAUCCUGUGGGAGGCCAAGGCGGCAAUGCUGCCAUCGAAAGCGUAGCAUUACUCACGAACAACCUGGUAAAGGCACUGAGUCAAAUCCCAUUGGGACGUUUGAGUUCCACUGAGGUCGCAAACAUAUUUGAAGAUGUUCAGUCACGACGCAAACCCAGAGUAGCAUUGAACCAUCGAUAUUCCUACGGACGAGCUCGGACGGAGGCAUUAGACUCGCCUUUGAAGAAACUAAUGGCGCUCCACUUACUGCCACUGGUGGAUGAACAAGUCGUGACUCUCAGCUACUGUGCUCAGAGCCCUGGUGGAGAGUGGCUGGAUAUGCUGCCUAUUCGACCACACAAUAAUCUCAUACCAUACAAGCAGGAGCUACUUGCAGAACCGAAGUCAAGGGGUUACUUGCAAUGGGUUUUCAUCGGAUUGUACUUGUUUAUGGCUGCUAUUGUGCUUUGCGCAAGUCGGCAUGUCGAAAUACCGCCUGGUAAGAGUCACACACAGAAUAAUUCACCUAUACUUCAUCUGGGACAACCUAGUGAAACCCGAGCCGAAAAUAUCUCCGCUAUUCACGACCUGGUUGCAAUAUCCGGUGUGGAGGCGUGGGUAUCAAGCCUCGCGCCCUUAGAGAUAUUCAACCUCGGCCACUUCAUACAGCCUGUUGCCAUCAUGGUAAUCGAGGGUUACCGUGGCCGGAACAAGCUUACACCUCUCGGAUUGCCCGUCUUAUGGUUUAUGCUGGUACAAGUUGUUGGCCUUGGAGUUGCAAUGCCACUAUAUUUUGCUUUCUACACCCUGUUAUCUGAUUCGGAGCCAUACUGGUGGCCACUGAGGAGAUUCGUCCCACUUCGCUACGCUCGGUCUGUUCUGACUGCGUCUGUCGUUGGUGAGGCAGUCCGCAUCGGCUUGCUAUAUAACCAUUCAACCACUUCGAACUCUACUCAGACUCUCGACCUCAUGCGAAAGUGCUCGUUCCUAAUUAUUCCCUUGCUUGUCCAAGCACUCGGAGCAUUCUGUGGCCAUCGACAAGAACUCAAUCCAAACAAGACUCCCGACCUUGAGCUUCAUAGCUUAAGGAAUACUUACUUUGUUAUUGGAGUAAUAGGCGCUUUGUGCUACUGGUAUACUCUGAUGACCAUCUUCAGAGACUCUGCUGUGUUUUCUUUGCUCCAUGACUGUACUUUACCAAGUUUGUCAAGUAUGCAAAGCGUUCAACUACCAUUGGAAACCGGAUUCUGUAUCUAUCUCUUCGCGUCGUACCUCUGGAGUGUUCAAGCUAUCUGGGACUUGCGACGCGUUGGUCGAGCCAAUCCAAGUAUUCUCAAACCAGCUUUUGGGAUAUUAGUCGGAAAUAUUGUAUUCGGGCCCGGUGCAAGUCUUGCUGGAGUAUGGCAUUUACGAGAGCAUGCUAUGUCUCGGACCAGCUUUCGUCAGGAGGAAGUAUCUGGCUCCGGGGCUCCUUUUGCAAAGUCUUGA